GCUCGUUAAGAUUGUCUCAAAAACUGAAUAUUUGACCACGUUAAAACAUUACUACAUAAUUAAAAGACCAUUACCACAUAAGGAACAACGCAAUCAAAUACAAUUCGAUCGUGAUACAUAAACAAGAUAAAACAUCUGACCCCUUCCAGUCACAAAUAACAAUUGUCCAUCCAUUCCAACGGAUAUUUCGAAUUGUUAACACGUGAAAAGAUGGCCCAGAAAAUUCAAAACGUUCUUAAGAACGCGGACGCGGUUUGCUUCGACGUCGAUUCGACCGUGAUUCGAGAGGAGGGUAUCGAUGAGUUGGCGAAAUUCUGUAAAAAGGGCACCGAGGUCGCUAAUUUAACCGCCAAGGCUAUGACCGGCUCCAUGACAUUCCAAGAAGCGUUGAAACUGCGACUGGACAUCAUAAAACCAUCCCUCUCCCAAGUAAAAGAAUUCAUUAAAACCCAACCUCCAACGCUCACCCCCGGUGUUAAGAAAUUGGUGGAAAAUUUACACAGUCGCAGGAUUCCCAUUUACCUAAUAUCCGGCGGAUUCAAGUGCAUUAUCGCACCGAUUGCUGCAUCAUUGAACAUUCCAUACGAAAAUGUUUUUGCAAACCGGAUGAAAUUUUAUUACAACGGUGAUUAUGCCGGAUUCGAAGAGAACGAGCCGACUUCAAAAAGCGGCGGAAAGGCGGUGGUGAUUAAUUAUCUGAAGGAGACGUACAACUAUAAAAAUGUUAUUCUUAUUGGGGAUGGGGCCACCGAUCUUGAAGCGUCUCCACCAGCUGAUGGUUUCAUUGGAUAUGGCGGAAAUGUUAUACGUCCAACAGUAAAAGCUAAGGCCAAGUGGUUCGUUACAGAUUUCAAUGAAAUCAUCGACGUUCUCAACAGUUAGCUUUUAACUGUGAUUGUACUUAUAAAAGUUGUUAUUUAGGCUACUAUGUGUAAAAUAAAAUAUUUUUUAUUUGAA